UGGUACAACCCAAAAUAAUGUUGGUAAGCAUUUGUGACAGAAUGCGAAGAAAAGGCACUGGCGCAGAUUACUCGCCUGUUUCCUUUAAGCAGCAUGGAAGCAAAUUGUUAAAAGGUAAUCGUAAUCCAUCGGCUGUUCCUCAGCCAUACAUCUAUCCAUCGGUUUACCAUCAGCUGGCCGGAGGACCGACUAACUCCCAACCAAAGCAGAUGGCCCCGAAGAAGCGUAAUGCUCUUAUGCUGUUCGUAACGGAGUGGCAGAAUAAUAACUUCGAGGGUCUUAAAAUGACCAUAGAGCAGGCUGUGGCGCACUGCGGCGAGAUUUGGAAGGUAAUUACCACCAAGGAGCGGGUAUCUUACAACUCAGGAGCCAAGGAACGCAAUCAUAGGAUGGAACGCCACGAGUCCUACGGCCAGCCAGUCUCCCAGAUGCAGCAGGUCAAAGGAAAGGUGGACGAAAGUGAGAACCACAUGAAUACCACCAUCGAGAGCAUAUUAAUGGACGCCCAGAAGUCACAAGAUCUGGAGGACGUCAGGGCCUUGGGACCACCGAAGUCUAUGUGCCCGCGAGUACUCGCCUAAAGAUGGUGUCCGCUCCAUUUUCACCAUCCUGAAAGUCCCAUCUAAGAACAAGCCCGAGAUGUCCUGCACCAUUCGUCCACCACGCACAAUCUGCCACAGUGACCUAACGCUCUUGGUAGGAACGUGUACAGGUUGUAUCAAAAAAAUAUCCACUGCUCGAGUAAGAGCCAGGGUCACGAGCCAUGAACUGUGAUCAUAGUAAUAGUAAUGUGGUAAAUACUUGACCUUCCUAAUUGAAUGGGAAUGUGACUCUAAAGACGCAUUCGGAGUCAGAUCCUUGACAUUCUGUAUUAGCAAUAUCGAAUGUCACGAACCUGGAUCCUUUGACCUCCGCCUUCAGAGUGUUUCUCGUCCAAGAAGUUAGGAGGGCAUUUCCUUACCAUAUUGAUAUUGUUCAUCGGUGCGAUCACAGUUUGUGCCUUGGGUCCCUGGCUCUUGUUCAAGUAGUGAAUAUUUUUUUGGUACAGCUUGUACACGUUCACUCACUGACUGCGUUAGGUGGCAGCGGUAGAUUAUGCGUGGUUGAUGAAUGGUGUUGGGCAUCUCUGGCCCAUUAUCCUUGCUUGGGUCCCUGGCACUUCAACUCAUUUUAAAUUAUAUUAAUGGGUUUAACAUGUAGCCUUUCAUGCUUUCUUAAAAUAUGUAUGUUGAAUUAAACACCAGCACGAAAUAAAUAUAUAAUGUUUAGGAAA